AUGGGUGGCACGAACCGCGAAGGUGGCAAGGUGAAGCCCCUCAAGGCUCCCAAGAAGCAGAACAAGGACCUCGAUGAGGACGAUCUCGCCUUUCUUGAGAAGAAGAGAGCCGACGAAAAGGCCCGCAAGGAACUCGCCGCCAAGGCUGGUGGCAAGGGUCCCCUCAACACCGGCAACCAGGGCAUCAAGAAGAGCGGCAAGAAAUAA